AUGGGCGUGUGCGUACUGGUGGUGGCGCUGGUGUCGGCCCAGCUGACGUUCAGCCGCGACUGGGCCGGCGGCAAGCGGGCCUCGCCAGUCGCCUUCGACUGCAACCAGUUCGCGCAGAUAUGUCGCCAGUUCAUUCACGAUUUAAAACAGUCUUUGCGGAAGGAAAAGCUGAGCAAGCAUCGGAAGGCGGACAGAGAGGACUUGUCACUGGAUUAUGAUGACGAUAAGAAGUGA